AUGGAGAGCCUGCUGAAAGAUGCGUUUUUCAGGCCUUUAAACGACUCAUGGAAGAAUUCAAGCAGCGGAUUGAAUAAAACACUAAACCCUCUAAAGCGUAACGAAGAAGUGGCUAAAGUUGAAGUAACAGUUUUGGUUCUCAUCCUGCUGUUCGCGCUCGCCGGCAACCUGUGCGUCCUUUUGGCCAUCCAGACGAGUAAACACGGCCAGUCACGCAUGUAUUAUUUAAUGAAACACCUGAGUAUUGCUGACCUGGUGGUGGCGAUUUUUCAAGUGCUCCCCCAACUUAUUUGGGACAUCACCUUUCGCUUUUAUGGACCAGACAUUUUGUGCCGCCUGGUGAAGUAUCUACAGGUGGUUGGCAUGUUCGCAUCCACGUACAUGCUUGUGCUGAUGUCUGUUGACAGGUGUUUGGCUAUAUGGCAGCCGUUACGGUCCUUACGCCGCCGAAAAGAUCGUUUUUACGUGGUCGCGUCCUGGAUUUUAAGCCUGCUCUUCAGCGUGCCACAGGUGUACAUUUUCUCGCUCAGAGAGGUCGGCGACGGAGUGUAUGACUGCUGGGCAGAUUUUGUUCAGCCAUGGGGCGCGAAGGCAUAUAUCACUUGGAUUAGUCUCACCAUCUAUAUCAUUCCUGUGACCAUCUUAAGUGUUUGUUAUGGCCUAAUAAGUUAUAAAAUAUGGCAAAACUUUAAGCUGAAGACCAGGCGGGAACAGUGCCUGUCGUUGACUCCGCGGCCCAGAAAAGGCAUCGCGCUCUCUCGCGUCAGCAGCGUCAAACUGAUCUCCAAAGCUAAGAUCAGGACGGUGAAAAUGACGUUUGUUAUCGUCUUGGCUUAUAUUAUCUGCUGGACCCCGUUUUUCUUCGUUCAGAUGUGGUCAGCAUGGGAUCCAUUGGCUCCAAGAGAAGCCAUGGCGUUCAUCAUUGCCAUGCUUUUGGCCAGUCUCAACAGCUGCUGCAACCCAUGGAUCUACAUGUUUUUCGCUGGUCAUCUGUUCCGGGAUCUCAUGCAACGCUGUCUUAUGACAUCACACUGUGGCUGUAAGAGAUAUUGGAGAUCUAGGAAGCAUUCAGGCACUGGUGCAAUGAGGAGCACCAGCAGCCAGAAGAGUGUGACACAGACCUCCACUUCAUGAGACACUUCUUCACAGAAGAGAACAUGUGGGAACACUUGCCGUUCAUAUAACCAUCAUGGACUGAACAAUAUGAUAAUAUAAGCUAAAGAAUCAAUCAGUUAUGGUAUUAUGACAGUUGUCAAAAAAUGACAGACACAAUUCAAAAAAUGAAUGCUUGAGUGCUUAACAAUGUGACAUCUUUGGUACAGGAGCAACCCACUGUUCAGCAAUCACAUAACACAAUUAUACACUUAAUUCAAGUGCAAAUAAUCCUGAAUGAUUCAUGCAAAGAUGUCUGGCUUGCUGUCCAUAAUUGAGAUCUACUCAACUUGUGUUCUGAAUUCCCCCCUGGGAAACUUAAUGAAAGUUUCAAUCUUCUGUGAAACACAAGAAGAGAUCUUAGAGUACUCUUAAGAGUUUGAAUUAACUAGUAUUACAUGAUGGUAUGCAUCAGAUUUGAUAAGUUAUCAAUAACAUUCAUUCAGA